AUGCAUCACCGGCACAAAAAGGAGAAGAAAAAAGCGAUGAAAAGAUUGCUGGGCCCAACAAAAUACCGGGAGACAAAACUUCUCCUUCUCUUCCUCUUCCUUCAACUUCACAGCUUCAAGUUCAUCUCAACCCUCGAACAAGUCUUCCCCUCGCCGUGUACUUCUAAUUCUUCCCCUGUACACUAUCUUCUAUCAGCCGCUGGUAUGGCCGCUUCACUCAGACUAGGGAGCGCUGCUCUCCGAUCCACCUCCAUGGCUUCCAAGCCAGUUAUCCAGGCUGCUGGUCGCAAUGCUCUCCGACAGUACUCUUCCAAGGCUCCUACCCUCAAGGAGACCUUCGCCGCCCAGAUACCAGAGAAGAUUGAGCAGGUCAAGAAGCUCCGAAAGGAGCAUGGACACAAGGUCCUUGGUGAGGUGACCCUCGACCAGGUCUAUGGCGGUGCCCGUGGCAUCAAGUCCCUCGUCUGGGAGGGAUCUAUUCUCGACUCUGAGGAGGGUAUCCGCUUCCGUGGAAAGACCAUCAGACGGAUGGAAAACGUGUCUGAAACACGGAGGUCUAACAAGCUGAUAGGCCUCUUCUGGCUGUUGCUGACCGGUGAGGUCCCAACCGAGCAACAAGUUCGCGACCUCUCUGCCGAGUGGGCUGCCCGCUCCGAUGUCCCCAAGUUCAUUGAGGAACUCAUCGACCGCUGCCCAUCUGACCUCCACCCAAUGGCCCAGUUCUCUCUCGCUGUCACCGCUCUUGAGCAUGAGUCUGCCUUUGCCAAGGCCUAUGCUAAGGGCAUGAACAAGAAGGACUACUGGCAGUACACCUUCGAGGACUCCAUGGACUUGAUCGCCAAGCUGCCCACCAUUGCUGCCCGUAUCUACCGCAACGUCUUCAAGGACGGAAAGGUCGCUCCCGUCCAGAAGGACAAGGAUUAUGGCUUCAACUUGGCCAACCAGCUUGGCUACGGCGACAACGCCGACUUCGUAGAGCUGAUGCGCCUUUACCUUACCAUCCACUCCGACCACGAGGGUGGUAACGUUAGUGCCCACACCACUCACUUGGUUGGAUCUGCCUUGAGCUCUCCCAUGCUCUCUCUUGCCGCCGGUCUUAACGGUCUCGCCGGUCCUCUCCACGGAUUGGCCAACCAGGAAGUUUUGAACUGGCUUCACAAGAUGCAGAAGGCCAUUGGCAACGACUUGAGCGACCAGGCCAUCAAGGACUACCUCUGGUCUACCCUUAACGCCGGCCAGGUCGUCCCCGGAUACGGCCACGCCGUUCUCCGCAAGACCGACCCCCGCUACGUGUCUCAGCGUGAAUUCGCCCUCCGUCACUUGCCUGAGGAUCCACUCUUCAAGCUCGUCAGCCAGGUUUACAAGAUCGCUCCUGGCGUCUUGACCGAACACGGAAAGACCAAGAACCCCUACCCCAACGUCGAUGCUGUAAGUUUAAAUGCUAUAUUUUCCCUAAAAUUGAACAAUUCUAACAUGGAACAGCACUCUGGUGUUCUCCUCCAGUACUACGGCCUGACCGAGGCCAGCUACUACACCGUGCUCUUCGGUGUCUCUCGUGCCCUUGGCGUCCUUCCUCAGCUCAUCAUCGACCGCGCCCUCGGCUCCCCUAUCGAGCGUCCAAAGAGUUUCAGCACCGAAGGCUACGCCAAGCUCGUUGGCGCAAAGCUGUAA